AUGGUGUUUAACGUUCAAGAGUCAGAAUAUAGAAAGAUAUUACAACCUUCGGAGUUGCCAUUUCAAGUCACAAAAUUGGAAAAUGUGCCUAUUCCUAUGGGAGACGGUGUUACACUUUAUGCACAUAUUUGGAUUCCUCAAGAUGCUCUAGAUGGGAAGAUCAAAGUCGGAACUCUAGUGGAGUAUUUGCCGUAUAGAAAGAAUGACUUUACUGCUAUUAGGGAUAGCAUCAGACACCCAUACUAUGGUGGGUACGGGUUUGCACUGAUGCGAGUGGACAUGAGAGGAUGUGGAGACUCAGACGGAAUUCUCGAAGGUGAGUAUCUUAAGCAGGAGCAAGACGACAAUCUUGAGGUUUUCGACUGGAUCGAAGCUCAGGAAUGGUCCAAUGGCCGUAUAGGGCAAUUUGGCAAGUCAUGGGGAGGUUUCAACGGUCUCCAAGUAGCUGCGAGACAGCAUCGUGCAUUAAAAACUAUCAUCACCUUGUGCUCGACGGAUGACAGAUAUGCGGAUGACGUGCAUUAUCGUGGAGGGUGUCUUUUGGCGUCCGAUAUGCUCUGGUGGGCGUCUACAAUGUUCGCCUACAAUGCUAGACCGCAAGACCCACGAAUCAGACCGGAUUGGAGAAAGAACUGGUUAGAUAGAUUGAAUACCGAGCCCAAUGUCAUCGAGUGGGUGAAGCAUCAACGCAGAGAUGACUUUUGGAAACAUGGAAGUGUCUGCGAAGAUUAUUCCAAGGUAGAUAUUCCAGUAUUAGCAGUGGGAGGCUGGAGGGAUGGGUAUACGAAUGCUGUGUUCCGUAUGAUGGAAAAUUUGCCUAACAAGGAUUGUCGAGGUAUAGUGGGACCGUGGGUACACGAGUAUCCGGAGGUUGCAACACCAUAUCCUGGAAUGGGAUAUAACCAGAUUGCCGUGUCGUGGUUUUCGAAGUAUUUGACUACUGAGGCAAUCAUUCAUGUGAAUAUUGAAAAGCAUUUGUCGAUAUAUAAAGGUUUUGACAUUUCUAAUUUGGACAGAGUCAAUGCUUUUAUACAAGAGCCAAGCUCAGUGGCCGAGAGCUACGAAUACAGAAAAGGAGAAUGGGUGAGUCAAAGCUGGGGAAGAAACGAGAAGAAGGUUCAAUUUUUUGUUGAUGCAGAGAAACGAUGUUUGGGAAGUGAGAUACUUAACGAGCUGGCGGUAUCUUUUUCAGGUGCUUUGGAACAUGGGCUUUUCCGAGGAACCUGGUGCCCCUUUGGUCAAGAUGGGGACUUCCCUACUGACCAGAAGAUAGAAGAUAGCAAGUGUUUGACGUUGGAUUCGUUACCAUUAGAUGAUGACAAGAAAAUUUUGGGCUUUCCGAUUGUGAAGCUCAAAGUAUCCAGUGACAGCAAGCUCGCAAAUGUCACUGUUCGAUUGGUAGACCUAAAUCCAGAAACCAAUGAAAACUACUUGGUUUCCUGGGGAAUGGCAAAUUUGUCUCAUUUAAAUGGAGACCACACCACGCCAAAAGCACUCGAGAUAGGUAGGUGCUACGACUUUCGUAUUCAAUUAGAUUCUGUUGGCUACAAAUUCGCCAAAGGCCACAGAGUUCGGUUAGCAUUUUCCACUACUGACUGGCCAUCAUCGUGGCCAUCUGCAAAGACACCUACUUUGAAGAUAUACUCCGGAUCGUGCUUGAAUCUUCCUUUGGUUGACCCACAUGGUCAACGUAUUGACAAUUGGCCACAGCCUGAAUCGCUUGAGCCAUGUACUCGAGAGAUUCUCAGAAAAGAAAAUCGAACAAGAAAAGUAAUCUACGAUUACAUCGAGAAUUCAUGGACAAUUGAUGACUUUUCUGAUGAGGGUAAACGUGUUUUGGUGCACAAUGGCUCAGAGAUGGGUUCUUGGAAUAAAAACUUAUGGUACAUCAGAGAGAAUGAUCCUUUGUCAGCUUUUAACAAAUGUGACUGGGAACUUACUGUUGGACGUAGUGAAGAUGGAUUUCAGACGAAGUUGUUAACGACAUCAACAAUGAGAGCAGAUGAGAAGAAUUUUUACUUGGUGAACGAGAUUGAGGCAUUCGAAGACCAAAAGAAGAUUUUCGAAAGGAAAUGGGAGAAUACCAUUGCUAGAGAUUUCUUAUAG